UUUAUUCUUUAUUCUAAAACCCUAAUUCCUUUUCCUUCGAUUCCUCAAAACCCUAAUUUGCUCUCCCCCAAUCUGCGACAAUGGCUUCGGGCAAGCGGGAGAACGAUGCCCGAGUAGUGGAUCAGAACCAAGAGGUUGAUGCUGCUGUUCUCCAGUAUGAGAAUCAAAAGCUCGUUCAGCAGCUAGAAGUUCAGAAGAGCAAGAUGCACGAUCUCGAAAAGAAGCUCAAGGACUUGAAAGAUAAGCAGGAUUCUUAUGAUCAGACCUUGAUGACGAUGAACAGAAUCUGGAACCAGUUGGUGGACGAUUUGGUGCUGCUCGGAAUUAGAGCUGGGGGCGAUCCUGAAACUUUACAAGCAUUGGACCAUGAUGAUUUCUCCAAAGAAUUACUUGAAUCAUGUUCUCCGGAAGAGACAUUUCUUUGUAGGCUCUUGAAAGCUGGCCCUUUCGAGAGAAAUGGAGAAAACGGAAUUUUGAAGCGUAUUCAAGAAGCUCUUGCUUUGCGACAUUCACACACUAUGAGUGUGAUGAAACAACUUGAGGAGACUAUAGCGGCACAGAGAGCUAAAACAGAUAGCUUAGCAUUGGCUUCACAAGGGAGUUUGACUUCAGAAGAUGCUAUUGUGCAACUUCGCAAGUUUGAUGACUCUAUGAGGGAUGUGGCGAAUAAUCUGCGUCAAGCAAUUGAUAUCCUCCACCAGAAGCAUAGACAGUAUGUAGAUGACAUAAAUACCCAUCUUGAUAGCAAUACAAAGGACCAGACUGAAAUAAAGCGACUUUCAGGUGAGCUGGAAGAAACUAUGGCAGAGCUUGAGGAAAGUCGGCGCAAGUUGGUUGCUCUACAGAUGCAAAAGCAUGGAACAUCUAUGGUCACCGCUUUGGUUGCCAAUGCUGCAAAUGGAAACAUUUCAUCAGACAAACUUACAGAUAAGACCAUGGGUUUGCGAGAGCUGAAAGAGACGGUUGAGGAGGCUAAGUCACUGGCAGCGAGCCGCCUUUUCGAACUUCAGGAGGCACAACAAGAUAACUUGAUCUUGUCAAAACAAUUGGAAGCCCUUCAAAACGAAAUGAAGGAUGACAAUUAUGUAGUCUCUUCAAAAGCCUACAAUCUCCUUAAAGAUCGGCUCCAACAUGUCCACUCUGAACUUGGAAGAUACAGGGGAUUGAUAGAAUCCUUACAGACGGGCAGAAACCAUCUAUUGCAAUGGGAGAAGGAACUGAGCGCAAAAGCAGAAUCUGCUGAUGCUGCAAGGAAUUCCAUUAGUAAUUAUGAUGCUAGAAUAGAAGAGCUGGAGCUUCAGAUCCAGAAACUUAUUGCUGAACGAAAUGAUCUUGAAACUAAAUUGGAAGAAGCUGUGCAGGAUUCAGGGAGAAAGGAUAUUAAAGACGAGAUUCAGGUCAUGGCAUCAGCAUUAACUAAGGAAAUGCAGAUGAUGGAAGCACAGUUAAAUCGAUCUAAAGAGGCAGCACAUGAAGUACUUGCUUUACAUGGGCAAGCUGAUUCUCUGAGAACCGCAUUAGAUUGUAAGAACUCUGAGCAAAGGACCCUAUCAGAUAGAUGUGCCGAACAGGUGGUGGAGAUCAAGUCCCUUAAAGCACUGGUCGAUAAAAUGGAGAAGGAAAAGAAAGAGCUACAGUUCUUCUUGGAUAUGUAUGGGCAAGAGUGUUAUGAAAAUCGAACUAUCAUGGAAAUUAUGGAAUCAGAACAAAGAGCUCAUGCUCAAGCUAAAGUUUUACAAGCUGCUCUAGAUGAACAUAGUCUGGAACUACGAGUGAAAGCUGCAAAUGAGGCUGAAGCAGCUUGUCAGCAAAGGUUGGCAGCAGCAGAAGCGGAAAUGACCGAAUUAAGGGCAAAAAUGGAUGCUUCACAGAGAAAUCUCUUGGAAAUUAAAGAAGCCAUAAGAGUUAAAGAUGCUGAAGCAGCAGCUUAUAUCUCGGAAAUUGAGACAAUCGGCCAAGCAUAUGAGGACAUGCAGACGCAGAACCAGCAUUUACAUCAACAGGUUGCUGAUAGAGAUGAUUAUAAUAUCAAGCUAGUAUCGGAUAGUGUGAAGAUGAAACAGACAAUCAGCUCUCUUCUUGCGGAGAAACAAGCCAAAGCCAAGCAACUGCAGCAACUUAAUUCUUCAGUAGAGUCUCUCAAAAUGAAAAUGGCUCGUGGUGAAGAGCAGAUGAAAGCAUAUAUCGGACAAGCUAUUAAAACAUCUUCAGAGAACAGACAUGUUGCUGUUAACCUAGAAAAAGCUAAAAUGGAGUUAGCAGAAGCUGAGAAGAGGCUGAGGUGGGUAAAAUCUGUAGCAGAGUCCUCUGACAAGGAGUAUGAACAGAAUCAAAAGAAGAUUCUGGAGUUGAAAAUGGAGUUAGAUUGCGAACGAAAUGAGAGGAAAAAGCUUGAGGAAGAAUAUGAAGAACUGAAAAAUGAAGUCACGGAGAUUAGUAAUGAGAGUGAAGAGGCUGCAAUACAGAGGCUUCAAGAUGAAAUUAAGGAAUGCAAGGCCAUACUCAAAUGUGGUGUUUGCUUUGAUCGUCCGAAGGAGGUUGUGAUCACCAAGUGCUUCCACUUAUUUUGCCAUACCUGUAUCCAGAGAAACUUGGAGAUCCGACAUCGCAAGUGCCCGGGGUGUGGCACACCAUUUGGGCAGAGUGAUGUCCGUGAAGUUAAUAUUUGAACUAUUUCUGGAGCAAAGUUUUGGUGAGAUGUGAGAACUUUGACUGGCAGGGAAACCAUAAUGGUGAACAAAUAAUGCAACCUCUAGGCGUGGAUCUGUCCUAGUUCGUUGAUGUUGAAGCAAAUGGAGCGGCGAGGCGAGGGUGUGUACUGACUUUUUUUUUAAUAUCUGUAAAUAGACGAUUUGAAGUUUGGAUCUUGAAUGAGAUUGAUUAAAUCAGACUGGCAGUUUGUA